UUUUUGUUCCAACGUUGAGUGAGUAGUAGCCUUGGGUCAACCCGAGGGGUACGCGUUUGACCAUGAAUAAGGCCUAUGGCUACUUUUUCCUUUUCUUCCUUGCUUCUUCUUUCUUUCCCCCCUCUCUUUCAUUAACUAAUGCCCAGGUGAGUUACAUUACCCGCCGCCAGCUCUUGACUUAUGGGAGGGGAGACCUCCCUAAGGAUUUUAAUUUUGAGGACAAGGUUGACAAUAAAAAUUUGAAAUUUGCCAACAAUAGACAAAAAAAGGCUUAUGUUGCUCUCCAAGCUUGGAAGAAGGCCAUCUAUUCAGACCCAAAAAAUAUCACUUCGAAUUGGGUGGGACCCAACGUUUGUUCUUAUAAUGGAGUCUUUUGUGACCAUGCUCUAGAUGAUCCCAAGUCUUGGGUUGUAGCGGGUAUUGACCUUAAUCACGGGGACAUCGCAGGCCACCUUCCAGUCGAGAUUGGGCUAUUAACGGAUGUAGCUCUUAUCCAUUUGAACUCCAACCGGUUUUGCGGAAUCAUUCCUAGAAGCAUUUCUAGCCUCAAACUUCUUUUCGAGAUGGAUUUUAGCAACAAUCGGUUUGUUGGCCCGUUCCCCCGUGUAGUUGUGGGCCUACCCUCCCUGAAAUAUCUCGAUCUUCGGUUCAAUAACUUCGAAGGAAAACUGCCGCCGAGCUUGUUUGACAAAGAAUUGGACGCACUUUUCUUAAACGACAACCGCUUAGAGGGGAUUCUACCCGAGAAUUUCGGAAACUCAACCACGUCUAUUAUGGUCUUGGCUAACAAUAGAUUCAAAGGGUGCAUUCCGAGAAGUAUUGGACAGAUGGAAGACACAUUGGAGCAAUUGCUACUAUUGGGUAAUGGAUUCUCGGGUUGUUUACCCGAAGAGAUCACGUUGCUGAAAAAUCUAACAGUGUUUGAUGUGAAGAAUAAUAGGUUGGUUGGAGAGUUGCCUGCUGGGUUGGAGUAUAUGCAGGGUUUGGAGGUGAUGGAUCUUGAUGACAAUAAGUUCUACGGUCAUGUAUCUGAAAACCUAUGCACCUUGCCAAAUCUAAAAAACUUGUCAUUUUCGGAUAAUUACUUCGAGACACAGGAUCAAUCGUGUGUUCCUCCUCAGGCUGAAGUUGACGUGGAUAAUCGACAAAAUUGUUUACUUGGGAUGAGAAAUCAGAAAACAUGGAAAAAAUGUCAAGAAGUUUUGAGCAAACCGAUUGAUUGUAGUAAAACGGGUUGUCGGGCUGGCCCGAGAGGAACUGGUCCUGGAUCAGAACGUCCAAAGAAGAAAACUCACAGAGCGGAUACACCAGAGGUAUCUCCCAGCCCAAAAGCUCGCAUACCUAAAGAAAAGCCAACUCCUAACCCCAAAGCUUUGGUUCCACCUGAACAAAAGCCGAAUCCAAGUCCUAAAGCUUCAGUUCCACCUCAACCAAAGCCUACCCCAGGCCCCAAAUCUUUGUUCCCACCGCAAUUAAAUCCAACUCUGAGCCCCAAAGCUUCGUUGCCACCCCAUCUUAAGCCAAAUCCGAACCCUGAAGCUUCACCUCCACCCCAGCCAAUGCCAACUCCAAAUCCCAAAGCUUCAAUUUCACCCCAACACAAUCCAACUCCGAGCCCCAAAGCUUUGCCUCCACCUCGGUCACAGCCAACUCUGAGCCCUAAAGCUUCAAUUCCACCCCAACCAAAGCCUAGUCCGAGCCCCAAAGCUUUCACUCCACCCAAGUCAAAGCCAACACCUAGCACCGAAGCUCCCCUUUCACCCAAACUAAAGCCAACUCCGAGCCCCAAAGAUUCGACUCUUCCACCCAAGCAAAAAAUUACUCAACCGCCUCCGGUUAUGUCUACUCCUCCACCACCAGUUGCCUCGCCACCACCUCUGCCUGUUUCUCCAUCACCACCACCUCCGAGAGUUUCUCCUCCACCGCCAACUCCGUUAGUUUCUCCUCCUCCACCAGUUACCUCACCCCCCACCCCCGCUAGUUGCAUCACCCCCACCCUCACCUCAUCGCGUUUUCUCUCCACCGCCACCUCAGCAGGCCUACUCCCCUCCACCUCCCCCACAUGUUUUAUCCCCACCGCCACCUCAGCGGUCCUACUCUCCCCCACCUCCCCCACAUGUUUUUUCCCCACCGCCACCAACCUUCUCUCCUCCUCCACCACCUUCAUCUCUUGUUCUAUCCCCGCCACCACCUAUCUUCUCGCCACCACCACCGACUUUUCCGGAUGUAGUACUUCCUCCAGACUUGGGAUCUGUAUAUGCAGCACCACCGCCACCAAUCUUCCAUGGCUAUUAAGGAGUGCAUCAACACCAUCAUAUAUUCUUUGUCAUUGUAACAUUUUUCUUGGUGGAAAAAAUGGCGUACAUGAAAACUCAAUACUACAUAAACAAAAAAAAAACUCCGCAUUACGGAGUUAUUGAAUCAUGAUACCUCAUGGAUUUUAUACUUAAACUAUAAAAAAAUUAAAAUAAAGUACCAGCGUUAUCGAAAUC